CCUGCGGAGUGUUAGAUACUGGGAGGAAGCUGGACUCAGUCAAACAUUAGUGAACGCUCUGCUGUAGUGUGAACUGUAGUAGUGAAGAGUUUCUGGCACCAUGGCUGUAAGGCUUUGUGGAUUCCUCCUGCUUGCGGUUCUUGUCCGUGGACUUCAUGCAUCAAGGCCAGCUGUAAACCAGGAGUUAUCCAACCUUUUCAACGAGCUCUGGAGGCUGGAUGUGAACCGCAUGAAGCCUGGGAUAGACUACACUAUCUCUGUUCAGGGCAGAGCGGGAUAUGUGAACCAGGGCAGCCAUGUUGUCCUGGAUCACGCCUCACUGCCUCUGUUCUCCAACGUUAACGAGAACAAACUGAGGAACAUAACCACUUUCUCUCUCUUCAUGAAACUCCUGGACAACUAUGAGCGUUCGACAGGCAUCACAGAGCGAGUCACUCCAGAGGAGCUGACGGAGAUUAAUCUGUUCCUGGAUGCUGUUUUAGAGACACAAGUCAUGAAGCGUGCUCACCAGUACCUGGUGAGCAAAGGAAAGUCCAGCUCCGACUCCAGGCAGUUUAAGAAUCAGCUCAACUUGAUCUGGUUCCAUCUUUACCACCGGCAGAGAAACACAGGCCCUGACUCUUGUGGAUUUGAACACGUCUUUGUUGGAGAAACCAAAUCUGGAACAGAAGUAAUCGGCUUUCACAACUGGGUCCAGUUCUUCCUGCAGGAGAAAAACAGCCAUUUGGACUACAAGGGCUACCAGGGCUACUCGGCCAGAGACCAGGACUUGCCUGACCAGGACGACCACGUCCUGAAGCUCCAGUUCAGCUGGCACGGUGUGGUGAAGCCCGUCGGCAGCGCCUUCAUCGGCACCAGCCCCGAGUUUGAGAUGGCCAUUUUCACCGUCGUCUUCCUCAUGAACACAGAGCGAAGCACCACGGUGCUGGUCAACAUCGACCAGUGUCAGAUGGAGCUGGUGGUCGUCAGAAAGGGCCGCUGCCUGGGGACGGCGUACCCCAAUCUGCUCAGCAGCAACAGCAGACACGUCAGCCAGCACGCGCACUGACUCCAGCUGCGGCUCAAGCGGUCUUUACCCAAAGACAGGUGGUGAAAUCUACGUCCAGCAGGAGAAUCAUAGUCUGUUCUGAUUCUAACAUGUAUCUAAGGCUUUUAAUGAAACAAUUCUGAUGGUGUGAAUGGCGGAACAGGAUUUAUUUGAAAAAGUGUAACGUGUUAAGCUAUAUAAGAACCUUAUAUUAAUCAUCGCCAUGAAUAAAAGUAAUCGUCAGUGUUGUAGUGAUCCAAAAAUAUUAGUUCGUAUAAAAAGAAACGCAUUAACUGUAUAAAAUGUUCUUUUAAAGAGUGUUAAAUCAUUAUUGUCUUUGUACUUAAGGACAUUUGAUCACCCUGUUGAAGUUUUUUGGUAGAAGCAAUCAGAUUUUAUUAUUUGAAAUGUUCUGUUUUGCCUUCCUAACAAAGUUCCCAUGACGUUUGGAAGAGAAGCCGGCCCACAGAGUCAUAGGUCAUCUACCGUACUGUAGCAUCAUGUAGCGUGAUUUUUCAAACAAAAUAAAUACAUUUAUUAUCCCUUUCUGUACAACAAUCAAAGCACUCAGAUGCUCAUUAAACAAGGUGAUUUAUUUUACAUCUGAUCACUUUCUUCACUAUGUGUAAAAAAAA